AUGUAAAAUCCAUUAAAUUAAGAGCAAUUUAUAUUGAUAGAGAAGAUCAAUGGAGAAUUAUGCAUUGGAACUUAAUAGCCAGUUAUUCAAAAUAUUAUAGUGUCCUGUUAUUAAUGUUAGAAAAAAAAUUAAUGUUCAGCCAGAGCCUAAUUUAUGAAAUGUGGGUAUUGUAGUUAAGUAAAUAAAGUGUUUGAUCCAGAUCCCUUAUUUUAUGUUGAUGUUUAUUGUUAGAAUUGCUCCAAAAGAAUCAAAAUACCAAAAAAUGGAAGUGUUUAUAAAUGUCCAUUCUGUUUUGCUCUAAACAGAAAAACGAAUAGAUGA